CCGGAAGCCGCGUGUCACAGUUUGUUGACAUUGACGUCGUGUGCUGCUAAGCUAAGCUAGGCUAGCAGCCUGUCGGAUGGCAGGAGAGGAGAGUUUGACAGGCUAGUUUCACCUCCUCCUCCUCCUCCUCCUCCUCCUCCUCAUAUGGCAACAGUGUCGGUGAAAUGUCCGGUUGUGUGGCUGAUCUUGUGGCUCUGCGUCCGGCUGUCCGAGACCGAAAACACCCGAGUCUCUAUGGACGAUGACGUCCUGCUGCCGUACACUGAUGGUCACGGCCCCUCCCACUCUCACCGCCACGUCAGGGAUUGUCAGCCCAUCAUUCACGGCAACACCACCCACGAGCACUGGGCUGCCAGUAAACACGGCGGGCUGCCGGUGGCCGAGUCCACGGUGUUCAUAUCGAGCCAGGGAAGCUCCAGAUGGGUUUACGGUCACAUGACGGUGGUCCACGACCCGCUGAGGACGGUGUCAGUGUUGGAGCCGGGUGGGCCGGGCGGCUGCGGGAUGAAUCAGAGGGCCACCGUGGUGGAAACGGCCGAGGCUGCCGGGUGUCUGUACGCCCAAAACGCCGGCUUCUUCAACACAAAAACCGACCAGUGUCUGGGCAACGUGGUGAGCGACGGCAGGAUGGUGCAGGACAGCGGCGGCGUGCAGAACGCCCAGUUUGGAAUCAGGCGGGACGGCACACUCGUGUUCGGGUAUCUGUCAGAGGACGACGUCUCAUCAAACCAGACCAACCCAUUCGUCCAGCUGGUCAGCGGUGUCGUGUGGCUGCUGAGGAACGGCGAGGUUUACAUCAACGAGAGCCUGGCGGCCGAGUGUAACAAGACACAGGAGACAGGACAUUUUCGCAAGUUUGUGGACGUGGUGUCGGCCAGGACGGCGGUGGGUCACGACGCUGAUGGCAAACUGAUCCUGUUUCACAUCGAUGGACAGACCGAAAGACGAGGCAUGAGUCUCUGGGAGGUGGCUGACUUCCUGAAGAGCUACGGAGUCAUCAACGCCAUCAACCUGGAUGGAGGCGGGUCCUCCACCUACGUGGCUGACGGCUCGUUGGCGAGCUACCCGUCUGAUCACUGUGAUCUGGACGACAGGUGGCGCUGUGCUCGCCGUGUCUCCACCAUCCUCUGCGUUCACCCGCGGCGCUGCCGGCCGACAAACUGCAGCGGACACGGAGACUGCGUGGACGGACGCUGUCGGUGCCACGAGGGCUGGCAGGGCGCCGCCUGCGACUCUCUGCUGUGUCAGCCGCCGGCCUGCGGAGCCCACGGAGUCUGCACCGCCCGUGGUUGUGCUUGUGAUGCUGGAUGGAGAGGAGAGAGCUGUAACCAAGAGUGCCUCCCUGGUUUCUACGGCGACGGCUGCAAUCGAACCUGCGCCUGCGUCAACGGCGCUUCGUGCGACCCCGUCCACGGACGCUGUGCCUGCCCCCCUGGUUUCCACGGCGACACGUGCGAACGCGUGUGUCCUCUGGGUUUCUUCGGCCCGUCCUGCACUCAGGAGUGUCGCUGUGACGACCAGUGUCCAUGUGACCCGCAGACAGGAAGCUGUAACGCCACGCUGCGAGGAGAGAGCAACGACACGUUACACAGAGCUGGACGCUGUCUCGCCACACAGAUGUUUACAUCAUGGAGACGAGAAGCAGCCGACAGAGAGCAGCCUCACCUGACAGAGCGUACGUGGCUGGCGAUCACCUUCACUCUGGCCUCGCUGCUGUCGGUCAGCCUGCUGGUUCACCUCGCUCAGGCGUGUUGCGGCUCGGCGGCGGCUCGCCUCCCCAAACGGCGGGACUACUCCUACGUCCCGCUGAACGACAUCAAAAGAGCCGGAGCGGGCACCGGGAGAUCCGAAAAAGGUGGAUUUGGACCGGAUGACCUGGACUCUGAGGAGGAAAUCUGGACUCCGUCACACUCGGGGAGGUCGUAGCGGUCAGGAGGACGACGAGGAGCGAGGACGCUCUGCGAUUGCACAAAGAGAAACAGCUGAGUCCGGAGGGACGGACUCGGACUGAAUGAUUCCCAUCAGCUGUCCUGUCUUCUUCCUGCUGGUCAGACAUUUGCUUUGCGUUUACAGGUCAGAGGUCGAAGCGUUACUGUCGGGACGAGGCUGGUUCGCUUUUAAACCGAGGUUAAUCACCAUGGUAACUACGCUGCACAGCUAAACAGCUCCAGGUGUGUUUAACCUCGACUAGCGACCAAUCAGAGCCCGGAAAUCAUCCUGCGGGGUCCUCGUGUGGACAAACGGAGCGAGUUUCAAAAAAAGAUGAAUCGGCUGUCAGCGAUUUAAUUUAAUCGAUUUCUUUCGUCCUCAAAAUAUUUUCGGACCAAACAGCUGAUCGAUGAUUGGAGGAAAUCAUCAGAUUGAUCCUAAAUCAAAAUAAAGUUCAGCUGCAGUGUUGAAGACGAGUAGAGACAUUUUUAAUAAAUGAGUCCGAGAAACCGUCAGACGGAUUAAUCAGCGUCGUUAUUGGCAGCUACAGAUUAAUUAUUGAAGUUUCUUUCAGAUAAUCAGACUCGGUUAAACUUUGUAAAGACGCCGAAUCACGACGAUUCAACCUUCGUAUGACUUUCAGUCCGGCUGACUCCACGUCACGCUGCCGGCUGCUUUUCAGCUUGUUGCCACGUAAACAGUCGAACUUUGAACUUUUUAUCUCAGUUUCUUAUCAUCAUGAGGGUUUUUAAGCAUCUGAAUGUAGAAGAAGCACAAUUUUCUCGAUCUUCAUCGUUCUCUGUGGAGACGUGCCAACUUUGUAUCACGCCAACAUUUCCUGCUGUUGACUGACGUGUCACUGACGGCUUCUCUGUGCCUGUUUUUAAUCAAUAAAGUUCAAAACCAGCCGUCUGAAACACGAA